AUGCCCUACAUUACAAGUGUACACGAGUCGUUACCCUACGUCGACCCUGAACCAACACCAGAGCAGCGCGCCGCUGCCGAGGCCCUUGUCGCCCAAGAGCGCACCACCGUUCCCGACGAUCCUCACCAUGCUCUCCUGCGCCCCCCCUACGAGUCGAAACUGACGCCCGCCAUGCAGGCGGAGGUAGCCCGCGUUGCCGCCAACCAGAGCGCCGAGGCCAAGGAUGACAAGAAGAAGCAGACACAGCUCUCCGCCAUAGACCUGUCCCGGUACGAGGUAGAUGACGACGACGACGACGACAAUGAAGUGGCGACCACCUCGGAUGCAGCCGCUCUCCGCACACGACUGACCCGCGCCUACACCAGCCAGACGUACUUGCGUGGCCGCCGUGCCCACUUGGCGUUGCUCGACAGCUACGGCAAAAAUGCGUGGCUCGUCGGCAACUGGCAGACCGAGGCGGACCUUCGUGCGCUCGAGGCAGACCUGGCCGCGACGCGGAAAGACAUCGAUCUUGUCACGCUACGGCGGCAGCGCGCACAGAACGAGGCCGCAGGUGAGCUGCGAAGCUUGGACGAGACGUGGCGGACUGGCGUUGGCCGUGUCCUGGAAACAGAGGCCGCGGCCGAGGAGCUGCGGUUACGGAUUCUGGACGCGCGUCGGCAGCGAGCCGAAAAUGGCGAGGACGUCUAG